AUGAUUUUGUUUAUAAUGUCUUCUUUAUUUCUCACUGUCGAGUUAUCUAACGACCAGCGUAUUCGCUUCAGUAACAACAGUUUCGCGAUCAUUCUGCCGACGAUCCUGAACGUGUUCUUCACGUCGUACGCGAGCAGCGGCGCCGGCGCCGGCUUCUGCGACCUCUUCCGCAUGGCCGGCCAGGACAACACCACCGUGCUCGCGGGACACGACAGAAUUAGCGUUGCUAAGGAAGGCUCCGAGUGUUCCGGCAGCAUCGAGGACAACACGAUCUGGGCAGGCUGCGCUCACGGCCUCUCCUUCUUCCUGCUCAACGCGCUCAUCUCGCACUGCGCCGGCAGGAGGAAGGUGCUGUCCAUCAGCAUUUUGCUGGUGGCGGCCGCGGCGGCCUUCGUGAUCGACAACACGGGCGAGCCCAUCUCCGGCCUCAUCUUCUUCUACAUCUUCCUCACCACCGCCAUGGUCUUCGGCGUCGUCUCCUCCUACUUUGUUGACCUUUAUCCUACAUCAUACAGGUAAACAACAAUCUUCUGGUUCCUUUUUUUCAUUAUAGGGUGU